UAUUUACAAAUACAACUUGUAAGCUAACUGUAGUAGAGAAAACCCAUCAUUAAGGACAUCAUUGAUAGUCAGACUAUUCAGCGAAAUAAUCGUCUCUGAUGAAUAAUAUUAUAUCAAAGGUUGCUAAUAAUUCUUCCUCCGAUUUUGGAGGAGGGUUAUUCAACCAUACAAUAACUAAUUCCAGAAGUUUUGGAAACCAACAACAGCAACCACACUUUGUACCAGUAGAAACUCCUGGUCCUACACUUUUAUUAGCAGUCAGAAUUAUGGAUGGUCUAUUUGUAGGAAAUUCUAUUGCUGCACAAGAUGAUGAAUUCCUUUUUUCAAACAAAGUGAGCCAUGUAGUAAACUGUGCUGGAUUGGAAGCUGCAAAUAUAUAUGCUGAUCAUGGAAUUGAAUAUUUAACGUUUCCUUGGAGGGAUGUUCCAACAACCGUUUUACUUGAUAGUAGAGAUAGAAAUAUUACACGUGUAGCCAAUUUUAUAGAUCAAGCAUUCGAAAAGGGAGAGUGUGUUUUAGUGCAAUCAUUUCAUGGAAAUUCCAGGUCAUGUGUUUUAAUUGCUGCUUAUUUUAUUUUCAAAUAUUCUUGGUCAUUGGAGAGUACUCUUGCCUUUAUGCAAGUAGCUCAUCCAGAUAUGAGAAUUAAGAAUUACUUCUUGAGACAAUUGAAAGAAUUUGCUCGUAAAAACAAUGCAACUAAGGAUAUAUUUUCAGUAGAUCUUCCUUCCAGUACUGAAGAGGAAAUUCAUCAAUUACUUUUGAAAAAUACAUACUUGAAUAGUUUGCCUUUGACAGAACCUUUGCCACCUCCACCAAAGAAGAAUAUGAGGAAAAAGCUCACAAUAUCACUGAGAGAGGAGCCGCCGGGAAGUAGACAUAUGGUAUCAACAGUUGAUCCUAAAACAAAGGAACGAGUUCCAAUUAAAGGAAUCCUUAGAGUAAAGUUGUUACCUCAACAGGUUCAAAUUCCAAUACAACAAACUGAAACAAUUCAACCAAUCCUCACUCAAAAUUCUCCAACAAUUCCUUCUAACAACCAAAUUCCAACAACAGUAACAUCAUCUAACAUUAAUAAUACCAAUCCUUCAACAUCAGGAACAUCAUCAAAUAGCUCAAGUCCUUCAAAUCCAAGUCAAGAUGUGAUCCCUCAACAAGUGGUCCCACAAACUGUCACUGAACCAGUGAAAGAAAUUCCUAGUAUAAAACCUAAAGAAAUACCAAGAAUUAUGGAUGCUAAACCAAGAAGUUUAACUUUAAUUGAUCCGGAAACUAAUUCAUUGGAUGAUUCUUGUGACAAUGAUGGACUCCAAAUUUUGACAGGACCAGAGGCAAAGAAUAAUUUGCCAGCAACUUUAUUUACUCCUGUGUUAAAACAACCAAUGCCCACAAUGGAUCCAAAACCACUUGUUGCAAAGGAUAAUAUUUCAGAUAGUUUUUCUGAAAGAAGCUCCAUUGCAAGCAUUGAUGUUGAGGAUGACAUUAAAAAGAAGAAGAAGAAAAAGCCAAUUACUCAAGUUUCCUCAAUGCAACAUUCAACAAAUAUGAGCACAGCCUUAAAUUCUAAUAACAACUCUUUAAACAACUCGGGAAGAAGAAGACCAAGUUCGUUUUCAACAAACUCAAGUACUCCAAAGACUCCAGUGUCUCAUGCUCCAAUGAAAUUCAGAAAACCAACUCCACCUAAGAGAAGCGAACCAGAAAAUAAUACUGAAUCGUCAAAUGCAACCGUAACAACCUAUUCUAAUUUGAAUCAUAGACUCUCCAAGCAAGUUGACGCUGAAAAUACCACUAAUUACUCAUAUACAGGAUCUCUUGCCACAGAUGCUCCUCUUUUCGUAAAGACCUCAGGAACAACCACACGAGAAAAGAGGUCAAUUUCACCUAGUGUAACCAGGACAUCUCUCACCAGACCAAUGUCCUCAACUUUACAUCAACCAACCAUUAGUAGUACCCUUAAGAAUGAUAUUAGUGGAAAUGGUAAAAAGAGACCUUCUUCAGCACCUAAGAGCAGACCAAAAGAUGAAGAAGAAAAUUCAGGAGUUUACGUUAAUGCAGCCGAAAGGACUACACUAAGAUCUAGUUUCGGUGGAACAGCAUCCUCAACGUUGAAUAAGCAACAAUCAACAAAUGACCUUUCUUCCAGUCUCAAUAGUAAGAGAACACUAACUAAAUCAGGUGGAUCCUCUCAGAGUGGAAAUUCUCCAAGUAAUAGUGGUAGUAGAUUAAUGAGACCAACUCUCAGUUUUUUGAGCAAGACAGUGAAAAAGACCUAGGUAUAAUUAUCCAUAAGUAAAUGUAUAGUUUAAUAUUUGUCGUU